UGCGUGUGUGUGCGUGUGCGUGUGUUCGUGCAUUUGUGUCUGCGUGUGCGUGUGUGUGUGUGUGUGUGUGUGUGUGUGUGUGUGUGUGUGGGCGCGCUGGUGCCACGGAGGAAUUGAUGACGUAAGUGUUCCCAAUCACAUCGUCUGUGACUGCGAGGAAGGAGCUCGCUCGCUUUAAGGAAGAUUUUAAGAAGAUUUUAAGAAGAUUUAAGGAAGAUUUAAGGAAGAUUUAAGGAAGAUUUAAGGAAGAUUUAAGGAAGAUUCUUGUCUCCAACUCCUGCUGCUCCAAGUCUGGGAGGAGGGCGCCUGAACGCCACACUGCGGGAGAGAGAAGUUCAAUGACAGGGAUGGAAGGGGGAACAUGAGCUGCAGCUGCACAGAUGUCCCAGGGAGGCUGUAAAGAAUUCCUGGAAUAAGAAAGUGAAGUUGCAGCCAAUGAACAGUGAAGCCAAGAUAAUGGAGCAGCCGGCCAACAGCAACAGCAACCACAACCACGCCUCGUGGAAAGAGAUUCCCUGGGACUUCACGGAGGACUGUUCGCUGUCGCUGGGCGCCACCACCGUCCUCAUCAUGGCCUAUAGCGCCGUCCUGGCGGUGGGUCUGCUGGGGAACUCCUGCCUGGUGUUGGUCAUUGCCCGGCACAAGGAGAUGCGCAACGUCACCAACGUCCUCAUCGCCAACUUAUCCUUUUCCGACAUUCUCAUGUGCGUGGUGUGCCUGCCGGUCACCAUCAUCUACACCCUGAUGGACCGCUGGAUCCUGGGGGAGACUUUGUGCAAACUCAUGCCCUUCAUCCAGUGUAUAUCGGUCACCGUCUCCAUCUUCUCCCUCAUCCUUAUCGCCAUGGAGCGCUACCAGCUCAUCGUCCAUCCCACCGGAUGGAAGCCGGCGGUGAGGCAGUCUUAUCUGGCAGUGGCGCUCACCUGGAUCAUGGCCUGCCUGAUCUCGGUGCCUUUCCUCAGGUACAGCAUCCUCACCUUGCCUUUCCAGAACCUCAGCGCCCCCUUCCCAGUCAAUGACCAACUGGUUUGUAUGGAACGGUGGCCGUCUGUGAAGGCUCGGCGAGCCUACACCACCUCUCUGCUCAUCUUCCAGUACUUCCUCCCUCUGGCCCUCAUCAUGCUGUGCUACCUGCACAUCUACCUGCGACUCAGACGGAGGAAGGACAUGGUGGAGCGCAGCAGGAAUGCCACGGAAAGGAAAACCAAAGGCUCCACCAGGAUCAACGUCCUGUUGACAGCCAUCGUGGUGGCCUUCGCGCUUUCCUGGCUGCCGCUCAACAUCUUCAACACGGUGUUCGACUGGAACCACGAGGCCAUCCCAUCCUGCGGCCACGAUAUCAUCUUCUCCUUCUGCCACCUGGUGGCCAUGGCGUCCACCUGCAUCAAUCCCGUCAUCUACGGCUUCCUCAACAACAACUUCCAGAAGCAGCUCAAGUCCACCCUGCUGCAUUGUCGCUGUUGGGGGGCGGCCGAGCGCUACGAGAGCGUGCCGCUCUCCACGGUCAGCACGGAGGUCACCAAGGGUUCGGUCCUGAGCAAUGGCUCCAGCAGCUUCAAUACAUAAAGCAAAGACCACUUCUUGCUUGCAUUCUUUGGAGCGUUGACAAGUGAAGCAUGACCUCUCAUUACUCCAACUGUCAACUGCAAGAGGAAGUCCAUGACAAAAUGAUGAUGGUGCAAAGUUGAAAGUGGCUUGAAAAGAAAGACUCCACAUAAGAACUGCGGUCUGUACAGUUUUGUGGCACCAGCACAUGUUGAUGAAAGUCAACACCAUCCUUACCUACCAGCCAUGCACCACUUAUCCCAUACAUUCCUGCUGCUCAGGACUAAUACCCAUUCAUUCAUUCAUUCAUUCAUUCAUUCCACUGCAAAUGUGACUAGUUUGGGCGCACUCGGAGGUAAGAAAGAGUCAAAGAACAGCGGGUUGAAAAAAACUAGACCUGUAUAUUAGAGAUACGUCAGAUGGCCUAGAAACUAUAUCACCAUAUAUAUAUAUUGAAGCCUACUGCGAUAACAAUAUACAAUUUAGUAAGUUAAUGAUAAUACUUUACAUUUACGGUCCUAUUAUUCUAUCAAAACUGUUAAUUUAGUGUUAACAGCUGAUUAAUUGGGUUUAUCUACACUGCUGUUCAAAUGUAAGAAGCACUCAUUCUUCUGUUCUUUGAUCAUUCAAUUAGUUUUGCAGCAUUAUUACAAAUGUGGUUAUUGAUCUAUAAUACUAAGUAGUUACAGGGCCAGUAUUGGUCAUACGGAUACUUUAAAUCUGAGGUCCACAACAUUUUUUGAAUUGGGGCCGCAUUGGGUUAAAACAAUUAUGUCGAGGUGCCGGGCUGUAUAUAUAUAUAUAUAUAUAUAUAUAUAUAUAUAUAUAUAUAUAUAUAUAUAUAUAUAUAUAUAUAUAUAUAUAUACAUAUAUAUAUAACUACUGUUAUAUACUGUUUACCUGUUGACUUGGUACCCUUACUCUCGACACCUUUGAUCAGUCUGCCCACCUGUUUACAUUCCAGAGCUGGAGGUUGCUGUUAGCAUAUUCUCCAAUGAUUUUGUGUAGCAUGUUUUGCUAUUGCUUGCUCUCCUGGGAUGAUUAUUUGCUGCCAUGGAGGCAACGGUUUCUGACUUAAAAGUCUCUUUGUGACUUUGCACACUCAAAUAUUUUGCCCUUGAUCACAAGUGCCUCUAAGUGCUUCACAAACCACGAAGACGUCCCAGAUCUGAACCCACAUACUGUAUAUGUAUGUAUAUAUAUAUAUAUAUAUAU